ACGCACAGCACGUUACGUUUUACGCUUUAAUCCAUGGGUCAACAUGAAGGCAAGUGUAACUGUGCGGGUCUAUAAUAUCAGAAAUCCGUUUACGUUUGACAAAAUGGAGACACUGUCAUCUCAGCUCAGAUGUAUAAUUAACGAAUGCUCCUGACGGUAUGCAUGGCUUAUAAGGCUAACAGUCUUCUUGAUUCGGUCACCAAGCCUUCGUUCUUGUCCUCAACCUCCCGACAUAUAGCUCAAAGGAAAAACUCGGAAGACCAAGAGUAGUGUAGGCUACCUCGGAAAUGUCCGUGUUUUUCAUGUUGUCUCCCUCUGCAUUUCAGCAAGGACAGCUACUACAGGGAACGUUGACGUUAGGACCCAGAGGAAGCCUCGAGCGCGAGGUAUUUGCAGUAAAUAUAGCACGGUGAGAAAGAGAGAUGUUGCGUCUAAGUAAGGUCACAGACUCACUGUUCAUCAGCAAUGCCCGUUCAGCAUGCAAUAUUCCACUAAUCCAGAAGGAGGCGAUCACUCUCUGCAUCAACGUGUCAAUGGAGCAGCCUUUCCCCUUUCCCCCUGGUAACGUCCAGACACUCCGCAUUGCUGUCUACGAUGACCCCGUCGAAGAUCUGCACAAGUAUUUCGAUACGUGUGCCGACACCAUUCACAAAGAAGCCGCAAAGGGUGGCCACACUGUUGUGUACUGUAAGAGUGGCCGCAGCCGCUCAGCAACAAUCUGUGUGGCGUACCUGAUGAAACAUCAUGGUCUCUCCUUAUCUGAGGCUUUUGAGACUCUAAGGAAGGCCCGCUCGGUCGUGGAGCCCAAUCCAGGGUUCUGGACCCAGCUGGAGAAAUAUGAGGAGGAAUUGAAAAGCAAGAGGUCAGAGGGCAGGUCAUCCUCCUCAUCCCGAUGUAGCCUGUCUUCAUGACCUCCCUUCCUCACCCUUUGCCUUUUUUUUUAAACCCCAACCGUCAUUGUGGUGUGCCAUAGUUGGUUUAUGCUCAUAGUUCUUCAGCUCUUUGUCAAUGUUGUGAACAUCUCUUCUUUCUGAUUCUUGUGGAUUUUGUGCCAUUUCAUUAUUUUAUCGUUGCCGUUAGGCCUACUAUUUUGUGCCUAUAGUUUCUGCCUUUACUUCUAUUCUUUUCGUUAUUUUUAUUUAUUUUUCAUUUCUUAUUCAUAUUUAUUUUUUACCUCAUUUCAAUUUUUAAUGUUUGUGAAUCAACUGUAACUGUUAAGCACAUUGAGCUGCAUGUCAUGUACAAAUUAUUCUCUACAAAUAGGCCUACAGUUAUUGUUAUCUUUUGUGUCACUCCCAUUCAAACAUGUACUAGCCUAUACCCUCAGCAUGUCGAAAAACAUUUUUGAAGUGCUCAUUGCCAAACUCCUUGUUCUGAAAAGAGCAUGUCCAUAGCAUAUUCAUGUUCAUAUUAUUAAUGCACACAUUGUUAAACCGUUUGCUUUUUGGGGUGUUAAAUAAUAAUAAUGUUUUUGUGUAACUUUCAGAGCACUGCAAAUGCAUAAACCCAAGAGCCUCCUCCAGCUAUUUGCCAAGCGACUGCUUCCAUGGAGGAGUCACCCAACAUAGAUUCUGGGAAUAUACAGUAGCCCAGUGCAAUAUUAGUGCUCAGUGCAAAAUAAGUAUCUGUCUAUAUUUUUUGAUGUAGUUAUUUUUUUAUAUUGUAUUCACUAGUGUUGCCUAAAUUGCCGGAACAAUUUCAUAUUUUAACAAGCCUUAAUACCAUGCUGCAGAGUUCCUUAAGGGAUUAACAAUAAUUGAACCUAUAUUAUUCAAACUACUAUGUCUUACGUUUGAAGAAGUGUUUGGCUUUGAUUCUGCAGUACAGGAAUAUUUUUGCUCCAUGUGAACAGGUUAGGACAACAAAUAUGGUAACGCGGAUGAUAAGUUGAAGGUGAAGAUUGUGCACAUCCCAGGAAAAGGUGCGGGACAAAGGCUGACUGUAGUAUCGAAGCACGCUUAAAAUCCUUUUUGUUUUCUUUUAUUUUUUCAUGGCUGGAUUACGUUUCGACCUCACAGUCUUCAUCACGUAAUACAGCCAUGAAAUAAUAAAAGAAAACAAAAAGGAUUUUAAGUGUGCGGGCCUCUCACUUUGAAACCUGGAUGAUAAAGCACACACUGAAGGGCUAUUUAGAGUUCACUUUAGACUUCUCAGGUGUCGAAGCCUUGCUGUAAACCAAUGCUGAUGAAAAGAGAUGCUUAAUAAAAUGAGCGAGGAAAAGAACUCUGACCUCUUUUGUUUUA